CAUGCAUCAGACCGCUACCGCUUGCGCCUCCAUCGAGCUCGGUCGGUAAUUCUCACGCCUCAAGAACUGGUCGAGAUUCGAGCUGCGCAGAGGACGUUUGAGGGCGCGUAUAUUCGUACGAGUCUCAGUCAGUUCAGUUUUGCGCUUGUGGUCUUGAAGAUCUUUACGAGUGAGUUUUAUAGUAUUGGAGCGCUAUUUGCUGUGUAUGGUGCCGGGGUCCUGGGUGUUAGUGCUUUCAGGCGUAUGCAAGGCAAUCGUCAGUUCUUCAGCGAGGUCGGUGAGGAUGGCUUAAGCAGAAGACGCUUCAGAACAAGUGGUAAUGUGGUGGUCGUGCUGACCAGCCUGAGUGUGGCAGCAUAUGUCACUCUGCUUGUAUUG